GAAAGUACACAUUUUGAGAAAGAAAAAGAGAGGCUUGUGAAAGAAAUAGGACAUGAAUUCGAACAAGCGUUGAAUAACUCCAAUAUGCUUGGCAGACGUUUAGAAGAAGUACUAGGCGUUGGCAAGGAGUUCAACACGAUAGCUGCACUCUGGGGUGUAUUUGGGAAUAUAGUCGGCAAAGACACAAAGGAGGAUGACAAUGAUAGCAGUAGUAGCAUCAUUCAUCAACAAGGUAUACCCGGAACUGGC